AUGUCUCAAGAUCAAAUCACCUCCUCAGAAGAACUGUCAGACUUCAACAAUGACAAGAUGACCAAUGAAUCUGUUCCAACUUCUCCAGAGAGUAGCAAUGGAAAGAAUUUAGCUCCAUCUUUGUCAUCAUCAACAGCAAAGACAACUUUAGCUGAAAACAUCAAAACCUCUGACAUUGAUAAAGGGGAUGACUCACCAGAUCAUUCUGAUAUCAUGGAAGAUUCUCCAGAUGAUUCUCCAGAAACUCCUUCUAGCUCAUCCCCAACGCCAACUCACACUCCAAAGGUCAAAGAUGAAGCAUCAGAGAUCAAAGAUUUUAAGUCUGAGAAAAAAGAGAAAAAAGAGAAGAAGGAAAAGAAGGAAAAGAAGACCCCUCGUACAAUUAAUUUUGCAAGUGGUGUCUCGACUUCUGUCCCUUUGACGGGAGAAAGGCCAAAACCUGAAACUCACACAUCGAUCGAUGAUGAUGUUUUAUUGGCUAUUUUCGUCAUUCUAUUUGAGCAUGACCCAGAUAGUAAAGGUAUGACAGUCAAGCAAAUAUGUGAUAUCUUACUCGAAAAACAUCCUGAUAUGUCAAAGCUUUCUUCCAAAACCUCUAAUUUGGUUAGUGCUAAGCUGAACGCUUAUGUCAAGAAGGUUGAAAAAGGUGACUGCUCAAUUCAUUAUGCCCUAUCAAGAGACUGGGCAGAUUCUUCGCCAAAGAGAAUGGUGUACGUAUAUCGUGGAAUCUUGGCUCCAGAAUAUCCUGCUUAUGUUCAAAGCAUCAUAGAAGAACUGAGAAAGAAAGAUGUAAACAAUGCUACACAUGGUUCACUCCCUGAUGCUAUGUCUGUCGACCAAACGGAUUUUGAAUCGGAUUCUAAUCUAAUUUCUCUUUCUAAAUCGAAAUUAGUUGGGGUUGACGGAGGUUCUAGUUCCAAACGUUCUCAGUCUCCUUUAGCACAUGAUUUGUCUUCGGUGCAAUCUAUUUCCCCUGCAGGUUUACAAUUAGAUAAAGCAUCACCAUUUGGUAAUGGAUCGAUCGAUUUUGCUAUUCCACAGCUGUCAGUUCCGUAUUCUGUUGCUCCUGUCACAGCAUCCUUAAAUGUUACAAUGCCGAUGAAGAACCUCGACACAGCUGAGUCCCCUAAUCCAAUAAAGAGUGAUUUCUCCAUAGGCAGAAGCAAUCAAUACCUUACCGUUAUCCCAGAUUCUGAUGAUGAAGACGAUGUGUACAAUUCACUAAAAACAGAUUUUGACGAUGAUAGUGAUGAGAAUGAGGUCAGUGUUUACGAAAACCAUGGCUAUUAUAGGCGUGGGUCCGAUAUUGUCACUGAGAGGAUUCCAUCCGGUAUUGGUAAAAGAUCAAAAUCCAUCAGUUUUGUCAAUAAGAGGUCCAAAUCCAACUCCUCAUCAAACCAAGGUUAUCAGCAAAGACAGAAUUCUUCUAUCUCCAGUUCACUAGGAAGUAAUUCCACAGAUCAACCCAAAAGAAUUGUAACAGCAGCAGCAGUUACGCCAAGAGUUCCAAGAAAACAAUCAUUUGCCAACACACCUAAUGCCGCUGCCGCAGUAGCUGCGUUGAGAGCGGUAGUACUUGGUUCGUACAAUGGCUCGAUAUAUGAUUCGGUCAAUGCCAUCACCAGUUCCAUAAUGUCUGAUACUUCGGUUGAACCAUCUAUAAGCGCCAAAUGGUUGGAAACGGUUAGAUCUGGAUUUUUGAAUCAAGAUAUUGAUAGUCCUGAAGAUGUAUCGUUAGCCGAAUUAGAAACUCUUUUCACAUGA